CCAGCGCGUCUGAUGAUGAACAACACAUAUUCUUCAAUGCCAAUUACUGGCGUGUCUUCGCUGUGUUUCGAGAGGCGUUCUCUGCCAGUGAAGCCGCUUUCCGGUCCAAAGGUUUGUUGACAUACAUGCGUAAACGCGUGUGUGCGUGGGAGUUUGCAUGA